GAUGAUUGUUUCUAGAUCAGAUUCCAGAUUUGCGAGAGGAUAUUAUGUAAUUGGAUCCAAUGAAAGCGAAACUCGAUUCCGUGUUUUCAAGAUUGAUAGAUUAGAACCUUAUGAAUUAAAGAUUUAUCACGAUGAAGUUGAAUAUACAUCUUCUGAAAUGAGGGAACUUCUCAGAAGAAUAAAAGAAGCAGCAAAAUCUAGUUCAAAGGGGACUAAAAGUGAAGAGAUACCCAUAAAAUGUGCUUUAGGGAUAGCGGGAUUUGUAAGAUUUUUCGAAGGAUAUUACAUGAUACUUGUAACAACUAGAAAACGAGUGGCUCAAAUUGGUCCACAUUUUGUAUAUAAAGUAUUAGAAUCUCAUUUAUUAUACAUUCCAAACGAUGAAGUGAAACCUGCUAGUCAUCCAGAUGAGCAAAGAUACGUUAAACUUUUCCAGAACGUUGAUUUGACAUCGAAUUUUUACUUUAGCUAUGGUUACGAACUAACACAAACUCUGCAAUAUAACCUUGCCUUAUCGAAACCUGACGCGUCAGAAAUUGAAGAGCUAGAGAUAGAUAGCGACAAAAAAAUUAUAGGCAUUAUUCAACAAUCGGAAAAGAAGUUUGUAUGGAAUGAUUAUUUAUUACAACCAACACGAGAUGUGUUGUCGAAAGAAUGGACAAUUACGUUAAUACAUGGGUUUAUUCAGCAAGUCUGUUUGAAUGUUGUUGGUAAGCCAGUCUACUUAACAUUAAUCGCCAGAAGAUCUCAAUAUUAUGCUGGAACAAGAUUUCUGAAAAGAGGUUCGAAUUGCAAGGGUCAAGUCGCGAAUGAAGUUGAAAUAGAACAGAUUGUUAACGAUGCAUCCCUUACACAUUUCCACGAAAAUCAUUAUACGUCAUACGUUCAAUUAAGGGGGUCGGUACCUGGAUUUUGGUCCCAAGAUAUAUCAAAAAUGGUGCCUAAACCGCAAAUAACCAUUGACCAAUCAGACGCAUUUGCUUAUGUUGCUGGUGCACAUUUUCGUUCUCUACUCAAACGUUAUGGAUCACCUGUUAUCGUUUUUAAUCUUGUAAAAAAAAAAGAAAAAAAACGGCAUGAAAAUCAGCUAACAGACAUUCUUAAAGAUGCUAUCAGCUAUUUAAAUCAGUUUUUAACAAAAGAACAACAAAUUAUAUACACAGCUUGCGAUAUGGCCAGAGUUAGUAAAAAGAAAGAUGUGUUACACUUGCUACAUCAUUUAUCGGAAAAAAUAUUAGAUAAAACUGGUAUAUUUCACAAUAAGAAGAAUAAUAGCUUACAAACUGGUGUCAUUCGAACAAAUUGCGUGGAUUGCCUUGACCGAACUAAUACUGCUCAGUUUGCUGUGUUUAAAUGCGCAUUAGAAAGACAAUUAUGCUCUCUAGGGAUAAUUGAACAGAAGACUCCCGAUGCAAACAGUCACGCUGCCGAUAUACUAGAAGAUAUGAUGGAAGAUUUGGGUGAUACUUUAGCUAUUCAAUAUGGAGGCUAG